UUAGAAAUAGAACGUGUUUAUUGGAAAAGUCAUAUGAAAAUUUGCCGUAUGUUGGCUUAAGUGCUUGUUCUCUCGUCAAUGUCACUUUCGACAUUUGAGAAUAGUCGUUGUAACUUAAGCGAUGAACAACUUACUCCUAUUUCCAAAGCUGAAAGAUAGUGUCAGUGAACUCUCUUAGGAAAUACUUCGAACUGGAUACGAAAACUGUUCGAGUAUUAUCGUUUUCAAUAGGUUAAUAGUAUUUGAACGAUCAUACGUGUAUACGUGUAUGUAUGUAUAUGUACAUAUGUUGCGUACUUCUAUACAUAUAUUUUAGUGCUUUUUCGUCAUAUUUUCUCGUUUACUUCAUUUACCACUUUUUGGCACGAUUUUAAAGAACAUCCACUAAAUGUUUGUAAUACACGAUAGUUUGUAUCUGCGAUUAAAUGUCCAAACACUGCGGCGAAGAAGAAUCUUCGAAGUAAUGAUCGCACAUAAGCGAUGAUUCUUAGCCAGUAGAAUUUCUGAUGUCUUUUCUGUAUCACACUUGUGCCUGACGAUUAGUAAUCGUGUUUUAAGUUAAAUACUUGAAUCAUCUUGACCAUUUAUAUCUUCAGACUAAGAAGAGUAUAGUUUGUAUUGAUCGUAUCGCUAGAAGAAAACAAAGAAAAAUAAAUAAAGAAAAGAAAAAGGAAAGGAAAAAAUAUGGCUGAACAGAAAGUGAAAUACGUGAACAAGCAAUUCAACUCUCCUAUCAACUUGUAUUCACCGCAAGCGAUAAAGGAGACUUUGGAGAGGCAAACUCAGGUUCUGGCUAAUGGAGCAGUCGGGAUCGACUUCAACCAACUGGCAAAGCCGACAAAUUUGCAAAACAGCGCAGUACUACGCAUGCUUGAAGAAGAAGAAGCAAGACAAAGGGGUGGUCAACCAAAUUUAAAACGUGUUGCUUGGCCGCCACCUCCUGAAGAUCAAGAUCUUGACUACGUUGAACAGGGACCCGUCCAAGCGAAGACCCGUGGAAUCGGUGAGGUUCCCUCGUACCAGAGCAGUCCUUCAUCAGGUCCAUCACCCCAACCACCAUCAACGGUAGCUCGUUCAUCAACUCAGAGUGUCCUUCCAUCAUCCCCAUCGCCAUCGAUCAGUCCAAGUGGAACUCUUCUACGGCAACCAUCGCAUUUCCAACAGCCAUUUGCACCUAAGGGUUGGGCACCUGUUACACCACCUGCUACCUCACCUGUUCUACAACAACAUCCUCUUCAAGAUUGGUCCAGUCAACAACUAUCACAACCACCAUCACAACAACAUCAUCAACAACAAUUACAGCAUCAGAAGCAGCACCCUCAAGAGCAUAACGAGCAAACGAGACAACAGAAUCAACCAUAUCAAUCUUACGAAGCACCACCUUCUACCAUUGUUCUUAGACCGGAGCCUCCGAUUUCACAGGCACCAGCACCAGUGUACCAAGCACAACCUGCAGCAACGAAAGCUCCAGUCAGUGGUAACAUGAGAGGAGAUCUCAAAUGGCCACCACCUUCCGUAAAAGCACAAACGGAAGCUGAGAACCAAGCUAGGAUGGAACUGGCUAGGGGGCCCGCCUUUAGGCCACGUCGAGUUAACAAGGAUUACAGCGGAUUCUUUGCUCAGCAUGCUCUUAACAAUACUUAUCCAGGUUACAGAGCUCCACCAGGAACUCAAUACUUUACUCCAUCUUAUCAACAUUAGCAGAGGGCAUUCUAAUUAAUAUUAUAAUAUAUUCGCAUUAUAUUUUCGCCUUAAUAUUAUAUAGGAUUCUUUUUAUUAAUUUUUUUUAAAAUUUUUUUUUUCUUAGGAUAUCUGCACAAAUUCCAAUAAUCGCCAGUUGACGAGUUUUAAUCGAAAAAUCAAAUUUCAAAUUUUUUUUUAGGCCUUUUUUCUCUUUUCUAAACGGGGUAGAAAAUAACGGAAAAGUUUAUUUCGUAACUUUGAAAUUGAUUCUCUUUGAAACGAUUAAUUCAUUAUUUUAUUUAACAUGUAUAAUUUUAAUAUAUAUGUGUAUAUAUAUAUGUAUUACUUUUCAUAGAUCUUGGCAAGCUCGUUGUACAGAUUUCCUGUGUCGGAUAUAUAUAUAUAAGUAUAUAUAUAUGUAUCUAUUUACAGAGAGAGACUGACCGACUCGUAAAUUGUUCUAAUUUUACAUUUCCCUUUUUUUUGUCGCGCAUAAAUAUUUUGAAAUAAGAAAAGAAAUUGUUAAGACAAAUUUUAUGUACAAUUUAUGCUUCUUCUAUCUUUUUUUUUCUUUCUUUCUUUUGUGCCGAUACACUAUUAAAAAUUAUGACAUUCAUAUAGGAGAAGAUAAUUAACGCUUCCAAAUAUUUUUUAGUCGUGUAAUUUGUUUUUAAAUGAAAAAAAAAAAAAAAACAAAGAAAACAAAACAAGAAAAAUGAUAUACAUGCGAAGAUUGAAUGCCUUUGUCAAUGCUAAUAGAAAUGAACAAGGAAACUUGAAACGAUGUGAAAAAAUACGAUAUUACAAUUAAUAUUAAAUGAUAUCGAUAGACGAACGAAGAGACAUAUUAUUGAUCAUUACAAUGUAGAUUCGAAGAAAGAUAGGAAUAAUAAUUACAACUUGAAAGCAUAAUUUUAUCACUAACGAAGUAAAUUUUAAAAUAAAACAAAAAAAAUAUAUAUAUAUAAAUACGUGUCUCAUUUUAUAAUACGAUUUGGCACCGACGUGUCCAUGAAUAAUCAACGAUGCGUUUGUAAUUAUGUAAAUUUAUUGUUCUUGAAAGAGAUAAAUAAAUAAAAGAAAAACGAUCUUU